CGACAAAAACAAACCAAAGCAACGUGAUCAAAAAAAUUUUCUUCUUUUUUCCGGAUUUGCUCAAGAUUUUCCUUUGACACGAUGGUACAAUUUGACGACAAAAGUAUCGCCAGAAUCGGAAGUGUUCUAAACGACAAAAAUCGCCCUUUAAAAGAACGUUUCCGGGCAUUAUUCACACUAAAAAAUAUCGGAGGACCGGUUGCACUUGAAAACAUCUUCAAAGCAUUCGAGGAUGACUCAGCCCUACUAAAGCAUGAGCUGGCUUACUGCAUGGGACAAAUGCAAGACCCCCAAGGAAUUCCAAUGCUCGUCAAAGUUCUUGAAGAUGUCAAACAGGAACCGAUGGUCCGUCACGAAGCUGCCGAAGCCCUCGGUGCCAUCGGAGACCCCAAAGCCAAGGCAAUUUUGGAACAGUAUUGCUCCGAUCCCGUAAUUGAGGUCGCCGAAACCUGUCAGAUCGCCCUCGAACGUCUCAAGUGGCUGGAAAAUCGAGAUUUAGACAAAGACGAGAAUCCGUAUGCCUCGGUAGACCCUUCGCCAGCAAGUAGUUGCAAGGAUAUCCAGGAAUUAAAGAAAACCUUACUCGAUGACAACGAAAGUUUAUUCAAUCGGUAUCGCGCGAUGUUCAGUUUACGAAAUUUACGCACAGAUGAAGCCACAAUCGCUUUAGCGGCAGGUCUCAAAGGCAGCAGCGCGUUAUUUCGACAUGAAGUUGCCUUCGUUUUGGGUCAGUUGCAACACGAAUGCAGUGUUCCGUACCUGGCAGAGUCCCUAAACGACAAAAAUGAGAACGAAAUGGUGCGACACGAAUGCGCCGAGGCCUUGGGAGCGAUCGCCACCGAAGAAUGCAUCAAAAUUCUCGAGCCAUAUUUGAAGGACAGCAAAAGAGUCGUCAAAGAAAGUUGCGAAAUUGCCUUGGAUAUGUGCGAAUAUGAGAAUAGCCCGGAAUUUCAGUAUGCCAAUGCACUGCAAGUGACUCAAGAGUAACGACGACAAGUGAAAAAAACGCGUGAAUUGUACAAAAAUGGAAAUAAAAAAAAACCUUGAAUUGUGCAACAUUUUUCAUUCAUCGAUUUUUUCAGCACGUAGAUCCGAAACGAUUGAUAAUUAAUCACAAAUUUUGUUUGUUGGGAUUUUCACUCGGUAUUCGUGUUUGCCGCGUUUUCACAUGUUCCGAAAAUCACUCAGCAUGAAAUGAGCAUUUACGUGUUUUUUAAGGUCAAAAUAUUUUCGCGUCGACAGUUUUAGAGUGACUCGUAAUUUUUUGCAAAUUAAAUUAAUAGAAGAAAAUUCGCCGUAAAGAGAGUCACUCUAGUCACGUUUCCAUAGCGGGACAAGAAAAAGCGUGUUACAUUGAGUUACGACGAAUGUGUAAUUAAAGCAAUUGUCUGUCUUUUCAUAAAAAUUUUGCAAUGUAUAUUUACUUACACUUUCACACAUGAUUAAAUUCAAGCGGUUGUUAUGAAAUUUUUCCUA